AUGUUGACCAUCGAAAGGGUUCAAAUAGUGUCUCCCUUUCUCGCUUUAGCUAACGACGCUCCCAUCACCGGAGAGAUUCAUAUCUGGGUGAAAGAAUGCAAGAGCCUGCCCUUAAUCAGAGCCACCAUCGACCCUUACGUGAAAUGCUUUGUGCUGCCCGACACUAGCCGCAAGAGUCGUCAGAAGACGCGUGUGCUGAGGAGGACGGCGGAUCCCGUGUUCAACCACACCAUGGUAUACGACGGCAUCAGAGAAAUGGACCUCGCCGAGGCCUGUGUGGAACUCAGCGUCUGGGACCGGGACAAGCUGGCCAGCAGCCUGCUGGGCGGACUCAGGCUCGGAGCUGGCACGGGAAGGAGUUACGGCUCGGCGGUGGACUGGAUGGACUCCACUCCUGAGGAGGUGGCGCUGUGGGCGCGCAUGGCGGCGUCACCCAAUGAAUGGGCAGAGGCCGUGUUGCCGUUGCGUAUGAUGAGCUCGGCCAAAACGGCCUUCAGAUAAGUUGACGUCGACAUUUUCCUUGCAAUACAGCUUUCAAAAGUAACAUUUGUUAAUCCUUCAACCAAAAGCCAUCACGACUUCUUGAUCGAUCAUUUUUCAACGAGCCAAAGAUGAACAAACGAGAACCAGGGAGCUUAAAAAAAAUGUCAAACACAACUCCCUCAUUUUAAUGUGUUAAAGUCAUUCACUCCCAACAAGAGGCCCAUUUGUCGAACACGUGUUAAAUCGUUGAAUGAAUGUGUCAUUGUCGCCUGUGUAUUACUGCAACUUUCACCUUGGACACGCACUGAUGCAACUCUUGCAUGAAAGCAUUCUUUCAACUGCGUGGCCGUAGCCCGGGAUGAAGUCCCACUUUUUGUGUAUGCAAAUGGCUAACCAGUUGUGCAAAGCGGCAAACAAAUACGGUUCACAUUGUAAAUGUUGUAGUAACCGCGACUCUGGAUGGAUGUCUUCUGCUUUCAUGACACAGCAGAGCAAAGACUCCUGAAGCUUCUUUCAGCUACAAGUACAGAGACAUAAACCAAACUGGAAAACCAUGAUUUUCUGGCCUAACACUGUUCAUUAUUUUAAGGGAUUUAAAAUAAAUAAAUAAACAGACGAAGAAACAAGAAAAACUUUGCUUGUAAAAAUCAGCACAAGAUAGAAUAAACCAUAAAAAGUGUAUGUUACUGAAAACUGUUUUUUGGAAAACAACCCAAACUUGUACAGUUCAUAUAAAUAAUUUGGGAGCGGGGGGGGUUUUAAAAGUUGUAUGUUACUUGGAAUUAUUUAUUUUAGAAAAUAACCAAACGUUGUUUGUCUCAUAGAAUCAUUUAUUCAAAGUUGCAAGUCAACAAACAAAGGUUUUACAUUAAAUUACGUUGAAAAACUGAACUAAAGUUCAACACUACUUAGAUUUGGUAAAAAUAAAUAAAUUGUACGUGACGUUUUUUUUUUUAAGUUGUACUUCACUAAGAGUAGUUCAUUUAUUUUUCAAAGGAACAAAACCUAUGUUAGAAUAAUUUACAGGAAAAAAACAAAAGUGGGAUAUUACUUUAAUUUGAAGAUUGAACACAAGUUGUACAUGAGAAUAAUUUCCCCAAUUUUUUUUAAAAAAUAUAACAAAUUUUUUGGCAAAAGCUUGAUCGAAUAUUUUUGUAAAAAUAAUUAACGAAUAUAAUCCUAAAGUUUCAAACCUUUGUACUUUUACCCCUCUGGAGCUUGGUUAACAUUUUCCCUGGCUAUAGCCCUGUUUACAAGCUAUCCAACUUCUGUAGCUCAUUGUAACAUGACUACACAUUACUGUAUCGCUUUAAUAUAUUGAUGGAUGUAUUGGUUACUGUGAAGCAUGUACUGUAUAUAAUACAAUACAUCUAUAUUGAUAUGGCGAUUUUACAACAGCUGUAGCUGGAACAGAAAUUCAGAACCUUUUGCAAUUUACUAAAAAUACUCGACACUCUUGGCAUUUCUUCAAAACACUUUUUACAAUCGCAGUAUUUUCACUUCAAUGGCUGAAUUUUGACUGCAUGCAUGUAAUGAACUGUUUCCACAUGAAUAAAACUUCAAGUGACUUUAA